AUGGAAGAACCAGCAGAGCAACAAGAAAUGAUUAUGAAGAAGCCUAGCGUUUCCUUCUUCCGCCUGUUCUCUGCCGCCGACAGGCUCGAUUACGCCUUGAUGUUCUUGGGCAGCGUUGGUGCUUGUGCCCAUGGCGCCGCCAUCCCUCUCUUGUUUCUCUUCCUGGGUACCUUGCUGGAUUCCUUGGGACUCUUGGUUUCGGAUCCUCACCAAAUGACCACCAGGAUCUCCGAGAACGCACUGUAUUUAGUGUACCUGGGGCUCGGUGUUUUCGCAGCAGGAUGGAUGGGUGUUGCGUUGUGGAUGCAAACUGGGGAAAGGCAGACAGCUCGUUUGAGGCUGCAAUAUCUGCAAUCCGUCUUGAAACGGGACAUGAACUUCUUUGACACUGAAGCUAGAGAUCUCAACAUCGUGUUUCACAUCUCUAGUGACACCAUCCUCAUUCAGGAUGCAAUAGGUGACAAGGUAGGGCAUGCUCUGCGUUACCUUGGUCAAUUCGUGGUGGGUUUCUUUCUGGGAUUUGCUUUUGUGUGGCAGCUCACCCUCCUAACCUUAGCCGUCGUUCCACUGAUCGCCGUUGCUGGCGGAGGUUACACAAUAAUCAUGACAACUCUGUCUCAGAAAGGGGAGGCUGCCUAUGCUGAAGCUGCAAAAGUUGCAGAAGAGGCUAUAUCGCAAAUUCGUACCGUCUAUUCUUUUGUUGGAGAGGAUGAAGCAGUGAACUCAUACUCAAAAACCUUGAAGAAAGCACUGAAAUGGGGUCAGAAAAGCGGAGUUACGAAAGGAGUUGGGAUAGGUCUAACGUAUGGACUGCAGUUUUGUGCGUGGGGAUUGCUUCUUUGGUAUUCCAGCAUACUUAUUAGCCACAAGAAAACCAAUGGAGGGAAAGCCUUUUCCACAAUCGCCAAUGUCAUCUUCAGUGGAUUUGCUCUUGGUCAAGCUGCUCCAAACCUUAUUGUCAUUGCCAAAGCUCGAGCCGCUGCCUCCAACAUUCUCACCGUGAUUGAAUCAGAAUCGAGCUCAAAUUGUUCAAAACUCGACGACGAAGACAAACAACUUAUGUUACCUAUGGUGUCGGGGGAGAUUGAGUUUAAAAAUGUCUCUUUUUCUUACCCUUCAAGGCCAAAUAGUUUGGUCUUUGAAAGCUUGAGCUUCUCAAUCACUGCAGGGAAGAUAUUUGCAGUUGUUGGUCCUAGUGGAUCAGGAAAGAGCACUGUUGUAUCCAUGGUACAACGUUUUUAUGAUCCAAUUUCAGGUAAAAUCAUGUUAGAUGGUCAUGACUUGAUGAACCUUCAGUUGAGAUGGUUGAGACAACAAAUGGGGUUAGUAAGUCAAGAGCCAACACUAUUUGGCACAUCAAUAUUUGACAACAUCUUGUUUGGCAAAGAAGAUGCAAACAUGGAUCAAAUCAUCCAAGCUUCAAUAGCCGCCAAUGCACACUCUUUCAUUCAACAGCUUCCUGAUGGUUACAACACACAGGUUGGAGAAGGAGGCAUCCAACUCUCUGGUGGACAAAAGCAGAGAAUCGCCAUAGCAAGAGCAGUACUGAGAAACCCUAAAAUAUUACUUCUAGAUGAGGCCACCAGUGCUCUUGAUGCAGAAUCUGAGCUCAUUGUCCAACAAGCGCUUGACAAUAUCAUGUCACAAAGAACCACGAUCGUCGUGGCUCAUCGAUUGUCCACUAUUCGAAACGCCGAUACCAUCAUGGUCUUGAAGAGCGGGAAAUUCUUGGAAAGUGGAACCCAUUCAAAUUUGAUGUCCAAGGGCGGAGAGUAUGCAACUUUGGUGAGACAACAGGCAUCCAAAAACAGCAAAAAUCCACGCUCGUUUAAUGAAUCCGCUUCCAUCGGUGGGUCUAGCUUUCGUGAAUCGUUCAACUCGGUGCUAGAAUCAAAGGCAGAUGAAGAUUGUUUGAAAGAUAAGAAUUCAGUGUCCCCGUCAAUUUGGGCCCUCAUGAAGCUGAAUGCACCAGAAUGGCCUUAUGCUGUUCUUGGUUCAUUAGGUGCCAUCCUAACAGGAGUCCAAGUUCCUCUAUUCGUUCUUGGACUUUCUCACAUCUUUAAUGCGUAUUACUUACCGGAUCUCUCUGAAAUGAGGGAAGUAGUCAAUACAGUUGUUAUAAUAUUUGUUGUUGCUGGUGUCGUCACGGUGCCUAUAUACCUCCUGCAACAUUACUUCUACACCGUGAUGGGCGAGAACAUCACAUCUCGCGUUCGCUUGUCAAUGUUCUCAGCUAUUCUUUCCAAUGAGAUUGGAUGGUUUGAUGCGGAGGAGAACAACGUUGGUUCCCUGAUCUCAGCCCUGGCUGCAGAUGCUACUUUAGUAAGAAGCGCACUGGCUGAUCGCCUCUCGACUAUAGUCCAAAAUUCGGCAUUGAUGGUCACCUCAUGUAUUAUUGCAUUUACCCUGAACUGGCGCAUUGCAUCCGUUGUUGUUGCCACAUUCCCUCUCCUUCUUGCAUCGACCUUAACCGAGCAACUAUUCCUCAAGGGCUUCGGCGGUAACUACAGCGCAUACGCCAGGGCAAACUCCGUCGCCAGUGAAGCCGUCGCCAACAUCAGAACCAUGGCUGCAUUCGGCGGCGCAGACAGAGUCGCAUCCCAAUUCUCUCUCAAACUCAAUAGGGCAAACAAACUAUCCCUCCUGAGAGGACACAUUUCAGGUUUUAGCUACGGCCUCUCCCAGCUCCUCUGCUUCUGGUCCUACGCUCUUGGCCUCUGGUACAUCUCCGUCGUGAUCAACGACAAGCAUUCCAAUUUCGGGGACGCCAUCAAAACUUACAAUGUCCUUGUCUCCACGUCUUUCUGCACGGCCGAGACCCUGGCCAUGGCGCCGGAUAUCGUCAAAGGCUCGCAGGCUCUCCGUUCUGUCUUCUCCAUUCUCAACAGGAAACCCAAUAUCGAAUCCGACGAUGUCUCGUCGAGAAUCGUGGCGGGUGUCAAGGGAGAUAUCGAGUUCAGGAAAGUCUGCUUCAGCUACCCAGCUCGACCUGAAGUCCCGAUCUUCGACAAGCUCAGUCUCAGAGUCUCUGCAGGCAAAACCCUAGCAGUCGUGGGACAGAGCGGGUCGGGCAAAAGCACAAUCAUCUCGCUAAUCUUACGAUUCUACGACCCGAUUUCCGGUACCAUCCUGAUCGACGGAUCCGACAUCAGGACACUCAACCUGAAAUCACUGAGGGAGAGGAUCGGGCUGGUCCAGCAGGAGCCUGCCCUGUUCUCCACAACAAUCUACGACAACAUCAGAUACGGAACUCCAGGAGCAUCAGAAAUCGAGGUAAUCACAGCAACCAAGGCAUCAAACGCACAUGAAUUCAUCACCAGCAUGCCCCAAGGUUACAGGACACAUGUAGGGGAAAAGGGGAUUCAGCUUUCGGGCGGUCAGAAACAGAGAGUGGCCAUCGCCAGAGCAAUUCUGAAGGACCCUGCAAUUUUGCUGCUGGACGAGGCAACGAGCGCGCUGGACACGGCGUCUGAGAAAUUGGUUCAGGAAGCACUUGAUAAGUUGAUGGAAGGGCGGACAACGAUCCUGGUGGCUCACAGGCUUUCGACGGUGAGGGAUGCAAAUGCAAUUGCUGUGAUCAAGGAUGGGAAGGUGGGUGAGAUUGGGAGCCAUGAGAGGUUGAUGGGGACCGAAGGGAGUGUUUAUAGGCAGCUGGUUAGCUUGCAGCAGGAGGAGAAGGAGACGGAGGGGUGUUAG